AUGAUGCUUUUGUUGAGAAUACUGUUAAUUUGUUUAGUAUCGGCAGCUUAUUGUUCCCAAGCACUGCUCCGGCAGUCAGAUUUGGUGUCCACCCCGGAAUGUGUCGGCGAUAUUAGCUGGACGUUAUGUACCGAUUGUCGAACGCUACUUAUCUGCAUUGGGUACGGAGUGACAUUCGAAGUUACCUGUGAAGGCAGUUCGGGGCAAUACUGUGGCAAUGAUUCGGAUAAUAAUGGAAUAUGUGUUACUCAUCUUCCGGAAUGUGAGCCAACUACGGAGAUAACAACAACAUCAACAUCCACCAUUUCUUCUACGACAAGUACGACAAGUGCUAGUACUACCACCUCAACUGUGGUCACAACUACAGAAGCUCCUCCAGCGGCCGCAGCUAGUCUUCAGUGCACCGGCGUUGGAUUCUACCCGGAUCCUUAUGAUUGCAAUGCGUAUCACUAUUGCACGGCCUACAGGGAGAACUCAGAACCACGUCGCUGCCCCACCGGUUAUGGGUUCCAUUACACCUCUGCUGCUUCGAACGAGUUUCCAUGCAAAGGGUUGACACUGGAUACGGAUUGCCUUUCGGUGGUCUGUUCGGGUCGAACGGUAUUCGAUGUCUACGACGCGGCUCGGUUGUUCUACGCUCACUGUCAUACGGAUAUGAGUACCGGGUUGUUAGCCAUAGCCAUGUACAGGUGCACUGACGGGGCUACCUUCAACGGGAAUGGUUGCGUGUUCAAAUGUACAGAGGAAGGACUUUUUGCGAAUACGGUUCAACCGACGACCUACUAUCGGUGUUCGUACAUGUACGGAGAUUCGUUGUCACUGCUUCUGUUGUACUGUCCUCGUAAUUUGCAGUUCGACAAUACUUUGAAGAAAUGUGUUUGA